AUGCGGCGUAACUUCUACAGAUACCUACCACCGCACCAUUUGAACGCGCAAACCCUGCAACAUGUCGGCCGAGACACGUCAACAGAAUUUGUCGCUCGAUCGUCCUCAGAUCCUGUUCUAACUGCAUUUGCCCAGCUAGGUACCUUGCGACUGGACGCCCAAUGCGCGUUGAUUUCCCUUUUUGGUCAACACGAGCAGCACGUUAUUACUGAAGCCACCAGAGCUCUAAGCCUGCGGCAUAACGCGGAUAAGAACGCUUGUGAUGAACUUUGGAUCGGGAGUUGUACGAUGUCGUAUGACCGCAGCUUCUGCAAAUCCGUUUUGAACUCUCCGCCAUCUGCACAAAGUCCUAGUGAUAGAGUGGUCAUUGUGCCAGACCUCUCAUUGGAUGAUAAAUUCAAGGAACAUCCAGAUGUAAAGGACUGUCCAAGUCUUCGCUUUUUAGCAUGCAGUCCUAUCAUUAGCCCGAAAGGCUUCGUGAUUGGCUCCUACACCAUCCUGGACAACAAACCCCAUGAACCGUUAGGCUUUGAUCUAGUCAAAUUCUUGACAGAUAUAGCAACCACUGUCAUGGAUUAUUUGGAUGCAACACGAUCUCAAGCCCAACAUCUCCGAGGCGAGCGCAUGAUUGUCGGACUCGGAAGCUUUCUAGAAGGAAAAGGCAGUCUCCGCAACUCAUGGCUCAGUGCAGCCGACAAUUCCCGAUCCUUAGAUCAAGACAAAGAUCAUGCGGAGGGACAUGUAAACCAAGAGCAACAGGAAAAACAAGUCCUGGACGAUGUGGCUCAAGCUAUGACGCAAACUAGCGCCUCAAGCGGCCUGCCUCUCCACCCACAUACCUUUCGUACGCGCGAGCGCAAGAAAAAAGAUACACGCAGGCUGCAAUCACAGUCGCUGGCCAGCUCAAAAACAUACAAGAUCGAUCAUCUCAAUACCAAAUCAGCGAAUCGACGUGCAUUUAAAGCGACUAUGCCAGCCGACAACAUGGGGACCCAAAAACAGUCACCAAAAGAAAGCUAUACCACUGAGGUAAAGGAGGCGUUUUCGCGAGCGGCCAACCUCAUUCGCGAGAGCGUCGAAGUCGAGGCGGUUGUCUUUUUUGACGCCAAUCUCCGCUCUGGGGAGACUUUGGUGAACAACACGCAGUCUGACCAUGAAAGUAGCGGUCUGGAAAGUUGUUCUUCAAGCGACGAGGAGGUGAAAGCUCGAAGGACCUUCACACAGCAUGACCGUUUCACAACGCAGGUUGAAGGCACUGGCAAGACCACGUUGAACCCAUGCCGGAUUCUCGGAUUUGCGACUUCGAACACCUCUAGCGUAAAUAACCAAUUGACGACCGACAACAAAAUCGCACUAUCAGAGUCUUGUCUUGGGGACCUCCUGCGCCGGUAUCCUCGAGGAAAGAUUUUCAAUUACGGCGAAGAUGGGUCAAUUUCGUCCGAUGACACGAGUGAUGGCAUAUUCAACAGCUUCACCCAGCGCAGUGGGAGCAAGACAUAUAAACUAACAAAGAAGACAAUCCUGCGUCAGGAUGCUGCGAGACUUCUGCAGCUUGCUCCUUAUGCCCGAAGCAUCGUUUUCUCGCCAUUAUGGGACUCGCAUAAAGGAAGAUGGUACUCGGGCAGUCUAGCUUGGACAAGAGCUCCCCACCGUGUUUUCACUUCCGAUAGCGAAUUAUCAUUCAUAUUUACGUUUGGAAAUAGUCUUAUGGCGGAAAUACACCGUCUUGGCGCCCAAUUUGCCGAGCGUGCAAAGUCAGACUUGCUAGCAGGUCUGAGUCAUGAACUUCGUUCCCCUCUUCAUGGGAUCUUCGGCACGGCGGAGCUCUUGAAUGAUACCAUCAUGGACGCGCUGCAGCGAGGAUUCGUGCAUACGAUUUCAUCUUGCGCAUUUACUCUAUUGGAAUCGAUCAAUCAGCUUCUUGAAUAUGCCAGCAUUAACGACAUUGGGCCGAACUCAGGUACAGCAAAACGACCGAAUGGCCAUGACCAUAAAUCGCCGACCGAUGGGACACUGGCUAGUGCCGGGCAUGAACACAAACUUGAAGAGGUCGAGGCGGAUUCUUAUGUCGAGCUUGAUAUCGUUGUGGAAGACACCAUAGAAAGCGUCUUUGCAGGAUAUACUUUCGUCGAUAAUUCACGUUCUCCUCUUGGGUGUGUCACCGGCGCAUUCUCCGGGAGCAAGCCUAUCAACAUGCAGAGUGGAGAAGUUAAGGUGAUUCUCGAUAUCGACCACUCCCAAAGUUGGAAGUUUUCAACCCGCUCCGGAGCCUUGCGUGUGGUCCUGAUGAACAUUUUUGGAAAUGCCUUGAAGUUCACUCAACACGGCUAUAUCUACAUCUCUUUAAAGGCCACCCCAUUGGCCUUCGGAGAGGACGGUAAGGUCGCCCGGUCGAUGGCUACGGUGACGGUCAGAGACACUGGAUGCGGUAUUGAGGAAGAGUUCUUAAGGAACGACUUGUUUAAUGCUUUCUCGCAGGAGGAUAGCAUGAUGACUGGUAAUGGCCUAGGCUUCAGUAUCAUUCGCCGGAUUGUAUCGUCACUUGGUGGCGAUAUUCAGAUUAAUUCUCAAAAAGAUGUUGGUACAGAAGUCUCGACGACUGUGACCCUUGACCACAUCUCUGAGCCCAUUUCCGAGCUGGGCGCUCCCGACGGCCCGAAGAAUCGCUCCAUUAUCACUGUGGCAAAAGACCUUGUGAGCGCGAAAACUAUUGGAAUCUUGGGUUUAGGACUUUCUGAGUUGGACACGACUCUGGGUUCAUCGUUGCAGAAGCUGUGCCAAGUCUGGUUUGGCAUUGACGUUUGUUUGGUUGUGCCUGCAGAGGCACAAUUCUCUCAAUGCGAUUUUUACAUUGCGCCUCAAGCAUUCUUGGACAUGGGAAAUAUGGAGGUUAAGCCAAUCGCACCUGAUCCAAAGCGACUCUCCUCGCCUGUCAUCAUCAUUUGUUCGUCUCCACGGGUCGCGCAUUCGAUGUUUGUCGCAGCCAGGAAGCGUGGAGAAACGGAUGUACUCGAGUUCAUCAGCCAGCCAUGUGGACCACGCAAGUUGGCAAAAACAUUGGAGAUCUGUACCAAACGUCAACAGCGGCGGAUUGACUGGACUGAGGGCAAAAUAGAGAAGCUAGAGGGCGCCUCAAAUCCUCCAACACCUAUUCUAUUCGAGAGAGGGUCAUUCUUCGGCGUGCCGGUUUCAGAGAACAGCGAACAGCCUAAGAAUAAAGUGGCGGGGGUUUCCACACCAAUAUAUGGCCAAGAUUCAGGCCCACCUGAAAAGUUGAAACCUCGAGAGAAAGUCGACAAUUCUCACAUUUCGACUACCGUACUUGGUUUUCCCACAACAGAAGUGGGGUCAACAUCCCAGUCUCAACAAAGUUCUUCAGUAACCGUCCUCCUUGUUGAUGACAAUGAUAUAAAUCUCAGAAUCCUGACUGCGUUUAUGAAAAAGCUGGGGUGCGGUUAUGCAGUCGCAAAGAAUGGGCAAGAAGCUCUCGAGACCUUCAGAGCAAACCCUUGCAGCAUCCGAAUUAUUCUCAUGGAUAUUUCCAUGCCAAUCAUGGACGGCCUUGAAUCCACCAGGCAAAUCCGUGAGUUUGAGAAAAAACAAAAACCAAGAGCCGGGUUACAAUUGUCGCUCUGA